ACCGCCUAUUCUUCCCACAACCUCAUAAAUGGCGACAACAGAAGCUCUCGACAGCGAAAUCAGCGACCUCUACGCCCGCAUAUCCACCUUACAAGCCCACCGUGCAAACCUAGCGUCCAUCCUCCUCUCGCAGCCCCACCUUCAACCGCGUCUCGAACAGCGGCCUGUCCUACACGAACGCAACCGGCGAAAUGCCGCUAAAAUCGUCGAGAAACAAGCAAAACGAAACAUCGAGAACGUGUAUCGCGCAUGCGCAGGCGUCACAGCCUACAAGGUGAAGGAUCCCGAUCCGUACGCGGUCGACAAUGGCAAUAUCCUCGGGGUACGCAUUGAGGUGUCAAUCGGCGGGAAGUUUGUCGAGACAUAUCAUGUGCUGUUCAAUCGGCCGAACGCGCAGCAUAAGAAUAUGUUGAAGAUACACAAGCAUACGAUCCCUCCGUGCAUCCCGCUCCAGCCGCUGGCGAACAAGUGGCUGCCGAUUACGAGGAAAGACGCCGAAACCACAACAGAACAGAACUUGUUGAAGUUUGGGAGAUCGCUGAGGAAAGAGCUCGUGAGCUGGCAUUUGAGACUGGAGGCGGUGGAGAAGCUGCGCGUGGAAGCUGGGCUGGAGAACAAGUCUGCGGAGCGGGAGGAAGAAAGGGCGGAGUCUACCAUCGGCAAGGUGCUCAACACUUUUGUGAGCGACGACGAGGACGAAGAGGAUGAAGAGCGGACACGGAGACGACGCGACGGACCUGUUCGAAUUACGGAUAUCGAGGCAGACACGGCGGUUAGAGAGAUCACUGUUACCUGGUCGGAUGGACGCGCGGCAGUAGUGAAGGUUGCGAAGGACGGUCAGAUUGAAAAGGCCGCAGUGAGGUUUGAAGAUGGAGCUCGGGAUUCUGCGCUGGUCCGAAAGGCAGUUGGCCGCAUCGAAGGCUUGAUACAAAGAUUAACGGCCUAGAAUUGCUACAUGCAGAGGCUCUGCAAGAUAAUGGACUUUUGCACGCAGCGCUUCUUGUGUAGGGUACGCUCGAUAGGUCACAGGUAGAUGGAGACUUAGGAGGGUCAUGGUGUUGGUGGGAGGCUGGGGGAGUUAGAGUCUUCCGAUACCUCGGCCUUGGAAUACUAUUGCUAAUUCACCUCAA